AUUGCAGCUCAYAUUUUUGCUCGCGGCACUGCUGCCGGCAGCAGCAUAUCCACAGACUCAGCCCUCGGACUGCAGCGAYGUUUACAGAUCCGGGUCGGGUCUGGACGGCGUGUACACCAUUUACCCCGCAGGCCCCACCUCUCCUGUGCAGGUUUACUGUGACAUGAGUAACGACGACGUUGACGGCUCUGCAGAAAAAUGGACGGUGAUUCAAAAAAGAAAAGAUGGCACGGUAAACUUCUAUAUGAAGUGGGAUCACUACAAAAAAGGAUUUGGCAGUGCUGCUGGAGAGUACUGGCUCGGUCUGGAGACGAUGCACCUGCUGACCCAGGCCAAGAGCUACGAGCUGAGGGUCGACAUGGAGGACUUUGAGGGUCAGAAGGUCUUCGCCCAUUACUCGGACUUUUCUGUCGGCCCCGAGUCAGAAGGAUACAAGCUCAGCCUGGGGACAUUCGUCAAAGGAGCAGCAGGAGACUCUCUAAGAGGUCACAACGGACAGAAAUUUACCACCACAGACAACGAUCAAGACGUACAUGCCUCAAACUGUGCCAGGCUGGUAUACGGCGGGUUCUGGUAUGCGGCGUGCUUUGGUGCCAACCCCAACGGCAUCUACACAUGGGGUCCUUCCCCCCGUGCAASUGGUGUGCAGUGGAACACCUUUAAAGGCCUUGAAUACUCUCUGAAAACCAUGAUAAUGAAGAUUAGACCAAUUGCUACAUAAAAACUGAACCAACAGUUGAGAAAACUUCUUCAGGACUCAACAAAAACAGCUACAACUCCAUCAACUUAAAAUGAUCUUAGUCUUAAAUCCUAGCAUGCUAGGAGGCAGGUGAUAUUUAUUUUUUCUACAAAUGCCAGGCCAUUAAUUCUUAAAACAUUCAUCCGUCACUUUUUAUACUUCCAUCUAUGAAAACGCAUUUCAUAAUAACUGAAACAACCCAGCAAGUUUUAGUUAAAAGAACUAGAGAAACAAAUUAAGUUGCAUGUUUGUUUUACAGAGAGCAGAGCUACAGGUCCUCUAGCGGCCCCUGCUGGCUGGUCCACAGUACUGCACACUCUGCAGCAGGAGAUWAAAGCUCCUGUUUAGCCUGGGAUUCUGUAAAAUCCUGACAUGUAAACAAUAAAAUCUGUCUGUUUUUUUUCUGUGGACAUUUAAAGUACACACAACAAAAAGUGCUGUUUUUGUAAAUAUUUAAUAAUGUUACUGAUGUUACAAAGUGCAGUUUUUAUUAA